CUCACGUUGCGGGAGCCCGAGCAGUCGGACGUCACGUAAAUGGCAAAGUUAUAUCGGUCUACAACACUGGUGGAAAAAUUCAUAAAAAACUUUCACAAAACAAAAUUAACAAAGAUACGUAUCAGCAAUUAACGACUGCCAACGCGUUUCUCCGAUAGUGCAUCAGGAUUUUCACAGUAAUAUCACGAUAUUUGUUGAUUAAUUGGAGUGUUUUAAAGGGUUUUGUGCUGUCGUCGAGAAGGAUGGCGACUUGACCCUACGAAUAAUGGAACACUGUGCUCAACGCUUGCUGAUUUGAGAUUUUCUCAAAAAGGUGAUUUGUUGAACUACGAGAUGGCAGAAGUAGACCCCGAAACCCUUCUGGAAUGGCUGUCAAUGGGCCAGGGAGACGAACGAGACAUGCAGUUGAUAGCCCUGGAGCAGCUUUGCAUGCUCCUUCUGAUGUCGGACAACGUGGAUCGUUGCUUCGAGAUCUGCCCCCCCAGGACCUUUCUCCCAGCCCUGUGUCGAAUAUUUCUGGACGAGCAUGCCCCAGAUAGUGUCCUCGAGGUGACAGCACGAGCCAUUACCUAUUACCUCGAUGUAUCAGCUGAAUGUACCCGGAGAGUUGUUGCUAUGGAGGGAGCAGUAAAAGCAAUAUGUGGACGCCUGUCAGGGGCAGGUUUGGGAUCACGAGCUAGUCGUGAUCUUGCUGAACAGUGCAUCAAGGUACUUGAGCUUGUUUGUGCUAGAGAAGCUGGUGCUGUUUUUGAAGCUGGUGGAUUACCAUGUGCUUUGUGCUUCAUUCGUGAACAUGGGGCACGUGUUCAUCGUGAUACUCUGCACUCGGCAAUGGCUGUUGUUUCGAGAUUAUGUGGUAAAGUUGAACCGCAGAAUAAAACACUUCCGGAUUGUGUUGAGGCAUUGUCAACGCUAUUGAGGCAUGAGGAUGCGCAUGUGGCUGAUGGUGCACUCAGGUGUUUUGCAUCAUUGGCGGAUAGAUUUUCGCGGAGGGGAACUGAUCCAGCUCCACUAGCUUGUAAUGGAUUAGUCUCAGAAUUAUUGUACAGAUUAUCGAAUGCUGCAGGACCUGGAACAUCAGUUACAGCGACAUCCAGUAAUCCUAAGACACCACCACCAUCGACAGCAUCAUCGACGAUGCCAACAGCAGAGCCCAAGUCAUGUGCAUCUGUCUCCACGAUUAUCAGCCUCUUGUCGACCCUAUGUCGAGGUUCUCCAUCGAUAACUCAUGAUCUUCUGAGGUCUGAACUACCUGACGCCAUUGAGAAGGCCCUCAAGGGGGAUGAGCGGUGUGCAUUGGACUCCAUGAGGCUCGUUGAUCUUUUACUGGUUCUUCUGUUUGAGGGGAGGUCAGCUUUGGGACGGGGAACUGCUGGGGGACCUUCUGGGCCUCUUCUUCCUAGACUGAGGAGGCUCGACAGUGCGGGGGAAAAGUCACAUCGACAACUGAUUGAUUGCAUAAGGUCUAAGGAUACCGAUGCACUCAUCGAGGCAAUUGACUCCGGUGGGAUCGAGGUGAACUUCAUGGAUGAUGUUGGACAGACUCUGCUGAAUUGGGCGUCCGCCUUUGGAACUCAGGAGAUGGUCGAGUUUCUCUGUGAUCGGGGCGCUGAUGUCAAUAAGGGACAGAGAUCAUCGAGUCUUCAUUAUGCCGCGUGCUUUGGCAGGCCAGCGAUAGCUAAAGUACUGCUGAGACAUGGAGCUAAUCCUGAUCUCAGGGAUGAGGAUGGCAAAACACCACUGGAUAAAGCCAGGGAACGAGUCGAUGAGGGACACAGGGAAGUUGCUGCUAUUUUACAGAGCCCUGGGGAAUGGAUGUUACCACCUAAUCAGGAACAUAGGAAGGUCGAUACCGAGGUGGAAGAGAUGACUGAACCCAAGGGGGAUCCGGAAAUGGCACCUGUCUAUCUGAGGAGACUUUUGCCGGUUUUUUGUGCUACUUUUCAGAGUACCAUGUUACCCAGUGUCAGAAAGGCCAGUCUCAGUCUCAUCAGGAAGAUGGUGCAUUAUAUUCAGGCGGAACUGUUGGUGGAGACAUGUGGGGCUGAUAAAACUGCAGGAUGUGGAGCUAUGCUUGUCGAGGUCAUCGCUAAUGUUCUGGAUAAUGAGGAAAUUGAGAUUAAGUCAACGCCACCACCGCCUCCGCCUCUCAAGUCGAUCGGCCCCAAAUUGCCCUGCCUUACGUCUCGCAAGAAUACCAGUUCUCAGUACUACAUUAUCGAUAAAACGGAGGACGAGGACGGUCAUCUCAUAGUCCUACAGAUGAUCCAGGACCUGAUGACAAAGGGAAAAGACGAGUUCCUCGAGCAUUUCGCUAGACUCGGAGUCUUCUUAAAGGUCGCGGCUCUCGCUGGCCCCCAGGAGAUGACCCCAGAACCCGAGUCUGAGUCAAAUCAGUCUGGUGAGGAUCACAGGCUCGAGGAUGCCAGGGAAUUACUGGUGGGGAGGGCCUAUCACUGGCGGGACUGGUGCAUCUGCCGAGGCCGGGAUUGCCUGUACGUCUGGAGUGAUGCAGCUGCUCUGGAACUCUCCAAUGGCAGCAAUGGAUGGUUCAGAUUCAUUCUGGAUGGAAAACUCGCCACUAUGUACUCAAGUGGAAGCCCUGAAGGAGGUACUGACACCACUGGUGAGUCAUUCGAUGAAAAUGACAUUGAAAGAAGCCUGAUGAUUCUGGAACCCUAUCUGGUGCUACUACUCCGAAAAGGACGAAACACUGAGUCCCUCACAACGGAAGGUAGGUCCAUCUACGAUUCCCGUCACAAUAAUCCAUUGGCAGAAGUUAUGGCACUGCUGAAAGAAAAUCGAGGUGAGUUUCUGGAGAAACUUCAACGUGCACGCAGUCAGGUGAAGCCAAACUCAGUGAGCCAACCAGUAUUAUCACGACCUGGUGCCACUCGAUUGGUCGUGGGCAACUGGGCUUUGUCCUCACGUAAAGAGGGAGAAUUAUGUAUUCAUAAUAGUGAUGGACAACAGCAGGCGACAAUCCUCAGGGAAGAUUUGCCUGGAUUUAUUUUUGAGUCGAAUAGGGGAACUAAACAUUCAUUCACUGCUGAAACAAGUUUAGGUCCAGACUUUGCUGCAGGAUGGGCGGGAAAGCGUGGCAAGCGUCUCCGUUCAAAGAUCGAAGCGAUAAAGCAAAAAGUAAAAACCCAGGCCCAAGAGAUCUACGAGAAUUACUUCAAAGCUGCUCAGGCCCAGCCACGUGGAGUCGUAGCAAAACUAGCAGCGAUAGUCUCCCAGGUCGACAAAGCAUGCCAGAAGCAGCUCUCAGGGAACCGCGAAUGGCGUUCAGUGUUGCAAACUGCUCUUGAAGAGUUGAAAGUUCUUCUCAACGAAGAAGGUCGAGUCUCCGCCUAUGAAUUGCAUUCCAGUGGUCUCAUUCAGGCCCUCCUGAGCCUUCUAGCUGGUCCCUCUGGUCCCCAGACCCCAUCAGUUCGUGCAACAAAACUCAGACUCCAGAGAAUAGCUGUAUUCAAAACAUGUUUCCGUUCGAAGGAUACAAAUUAUGGAAAUUCAGCGAAAAUAUUAGUUCAAAAACUCGUAUCUGUCCUCGAAUCCAUUGAAAAACUUCCAGUUUAUCUUUAUGACACACCUGGAUCUGGCUAUGGGCUGCAGAUUCUCACCAGGAGAUUGAGAUUUAGAUUGGAAAAAGCACCCGGUGAAAGUGCACUCAUUGACAGAUCUGGUAGAAGUUUAAAAAUGGAACCAUUGAGUACAAUACAACAACUUGAGAAUCAUCUUCUGAAGAUGAUUGCUAAGCAGUGGCACGAUCACGAUCGAGGAACAUUUACAUUUGUUAAAAAAUUAAAAGACAGAGGUAGAAUGCAUUUUCAGUAUCAGUAUGAUUUCGACGAGAAUGGAAUACUUUACUGGAUCGGUACAAAUUCAAAGACAGCACCAGAGUGGGUUAAUCCAGGACAAUAUGGGCUAGUGGUGGUGACAUCAAGUGAUGGUAGGAGUCUACCUUAUGGCCAUCUCGAGGAUAUAUUGAGUAGAGAUCAGAACGCCCUCAAUUGUCACACCAAUGAUGAUAAGAGGGCCUGGUUCUCCAUUGACCUUGGAGUCUGGUUGAUACCCAAUGCUUACACCCUGAGGCAUGCCAGGGGCUACGGCAGGAGCGCACUCAGGAACUGGUUGUUCCAGGUCUCCAAGGAUGGAGUCAACUGGACGACUCUGUACACUCAUAUCGAUGAUUGUAGUUUGAAUGAACCUGGCAGUACUGCCACGUGGAAUUUGGAAGUUCCUGCUGAGGAGACUCAGGGCUGGAGACAUCUCAGGUUACAGCAGACAGGAAAAAAUGCCUCGGGACAGACGCAUUAUCUGUCAGUUUCUGGAUUUGAAGUCUAUGGAGAAGUGACAGGUGUUUGUGAAGAUCUGGGUAGAGCAGCACGAGAGGCUGAGGCGGGUGUUCGAAAGCAGAGAAGACUAAUCAGAACUCAAGUACUUCGUCAUCUUGUUGCUGGUGCUAGAGUUGCUCGGGGUCUUGAUUGGAAGUGGAAGGAUCAGGAUGGUAAUCCACCAGGUGAAGGCUCCAUCACUGGUGAACUACACAACGGAUGGAUCGAUAUAACUUGGGAUCACGGUGGAUCCAAUUCUUAUAGAAUGGGAGCAGAAGGAAAAUAUGAUUUGAGAUUGGUGGGCACCAGUUUUGAUGCUGAUUCGGGAAAAAGUAAAAAUGGAUCGGGUAUAUUGACAGGGAGAAAGUCCAGUUCUACACCGAGUUUACCCGAUUGUACAGAUGUCAGUUUGAGGGGAUCUGUUGCAUCUACUGAUCAAGCUGCUAGUGCUGAUAAUCUUGCUGCUAAACAAGCUGCUGAAUCCAUUGCUCAGAGUGUUCUGUCGGUAGCGAGGGCUGAGGCUGUUGUUGCUGUUACUGGUGAGGGUGGAUCCAGUAAUACAACUGGUGAACUCAGUGUUGUACUUCAUCCGAGGCCAGAGACAACUGUCAGCAGUGAUUUGGCGACUAUUGUUGAGACUUUAGCACUCAAUACUGAUUGCUCGGGGAAUAGUAAUAGUAACAGGGCCUCCAGCAGUUCGAAACCACUUUAUUCUACUGUUCGAGGGAAUAAGCCGGCUAGCGGUUUAUUGAGUCUGGAGGCAGUUGAGGUGCUAGAUCGUCUCCGUGAAGGUGCCGAUAGACUUCGUAACAACACUAACAGUUUCUUGAGUGGAGAAUUACUCGGUUUAGUACCUGUUAGGAUCUCAGUGUCUGGUGAGAGUGAAGAUAAUUCACUCAGAAUCCGCCCAGUGCCAAAGCACAAUAUAACAGCUCAAGAUGUAGCUAAUAAAGAGUGCAGUCGAGACAAGGAUGCCAGUUCGUCAUCUCAAAAUCCAGCUGGAGGAUGUCCAGUUGUUGUUACCAAUCCAAUGUCAGUGUCAGUGCCCAAUCUUGCGUGUUCUGAUGCUAAUAACACUCUGGAGCCAGUUGCUGCCACUGGUUUGCUUGAGACUUUUGCUGCCAUGGCACGAAGACGUACUCUAGGACCAUCUGGUGGCCAACAUAUUGCACCAAACUCAAACACAGGAUCGAAUCCACGUGGACCAAACUCAGUUUCGAGUCUUGUCAGGUUAGCCCUUAGUUCAAAUUUUCCUGGUGGUUUGCUGAGUACGGCCCAGAGUUAUCCGAGUUUAACGAGCAGUGGACAAGUGGCUGGAAGUGGUGUCACUACAACCACUGGUGCUGGACUUGGACAAGCACUAACAAUGUCCCUCACUAGUACCAGCAGUGAUAGUGAACAGUUGUGGCUUCAGGUCAGUCUAGAGGAUUUUCUGGAAUCCUGUGGAGGUGUCGCAGGCUCCAGUGUCUCCGGUGUUAGAACAGCAGGUGGUCCCACUCUUCUCGGAGAGCUAGAAGACGACGAUGAUGGUGUUCUCGCUGAAGAGGAGGACGAUAACGACGAAAACGAUCAGGAGGAGGACGAUGAGGAAAACGAGGAAGAGGUUGACGGUGUGGAGGGUGAUUACGAGGAAGUCAUGGUCUCCAGAAAUCUUCUCGCUGCCUUCAUGGAGGAGGAAACACCCCAGACAUCCAAAAGACGCGCCUGGGAUGAUGAAUUCGUUCUCAAACGACAGUUCUCCGCUCUCAUUCCAGCAUUCGAUCCUCGCCCAGGUCGAACAAACAUAAAUCAAACGACAGAUCUCGAAGUCCCCCCACCAGGAAGUGAUCCACAAUCAAGUACACGAGUUGGUGCCCCAACAAUGCCCCGUCUCUCCCUUUCACUGAAGGGCCCAGGUCUGCCGGAGAUACCGGACGUGGAGCUGCCACUCUCUGAUCCUCAUUCGAGUAUAUUCCAAGCUGUACAGGAGCUCAUGCAGAUGACAGAGCUGGGAACACGUCAGGAGAAACUUCGUCGUAUCUGGGAGCCAACGUACACGAUAAUCUAUCGAGAAUCCAAAGAGGAGGAGUCGUCAGGACGUGCCACUCCCAUUGUUACCCUGUACUCAGGGAAACCCACCCAAAACACGAACGCCUGCACAGUUGAGGAUGUUCUCCAAUUGUUACGUCACGUCUACGUAAUUUCAACAUCUCGUGAUGAUAAAAAAGAUGACAUAUUGACAGACGAUUCGCUAGAGUCCUGCUGGGUCCAUCCAGACGAUUUCACCUCGAAGAAAAUCACCAACAAAAUAGUCCAGCAAAUUCAGGAUCCCCUGGCCCUGGCAGCUGGUGCUCUACCCACGUGGUGUGAGGAACUCGCCAGAAGUUGUCCCUUCCUCCUCCCCUUUGAGACACGUCGUCUGUACUUCUCCUGCACGGCCUUCGGUGCAUCCAGAUCCAUUGUCUGGCUUCAGACCCAGCGUGACGCUGUCCUGGAACGUCAGAGAGCCCCUGGACUAUCUCCCAGACGUGAUGAUAGCCAUGAAUUCAGAGUUGGUCGUCUCAAACACGAGAGAGUGUCAGUUCCACGAGGUGAAAAACUCCUCGACUGGGCUGAACAAGUUCUCAAGGUUCACUCCAGUAGAAAGAGCAUUCUGGAGGUUGAGUUCGUUGGAGAAGAGGGAACUGGUCUUGGUCCUACUUUAGAAUUCUUCGCUCUGGUAGCCGCUGAAUUACAAAGGAAGGACUUGGGUCUGUGGCUCUGCGACGACGAGGAUCCCAAUCAGAUGUCCUGCCCGUCUGAUGAACAUGUCAGGCCUCCUGGGUACUAUGUCACAAGAGUCAGUGGAUUAUUCCCAGCACCUUUGCCUCAGGAAUCAGAGGAGUGCAACAAAGCUGUUAAAUACUUCUGGUUUUUGGGAGUUUUUCUUGCUAAAGUCCUUCAGGAUAACAGACUUGUGGAUUUACCGUUGUCCAGGAGCUUUUUGAAGCUCAUGUGUCGUGGUGAUAUCACUAAUAAUGUCAAUGAGAGAAUUGGACUCACUGGAAUCACUCAGGAGAGCAUGUCCAGCAGCAUGGCAAGUAGUUUUAUAUCUGAGGAAGGUGAAGAGGGGACUGGAUUGCUGGAACCCAGCCCCUGGUGGGAGGGAAUUCUCGAUGUGGAGGAUCUUGUGAUGGUCGAUCCUGUCAGGGGUGAAUUUAUCAAACAGGUCCACAUGCUCAGUCUCAAGAGGGAGAGGACCAUCAGUGAAGGGGGUGGGGACGAGGAUCCAAUGAGAAUUCAACAUCCGUCCGGUGCUUCGGUGCCUAUUGAGGAACUUGGCUUGACCAUGACUUAUUCACCUGGAUCUAGGGUAUUUGGACAUGAGAUCGUGGAACUUGUUGAUGAUGGAGCUGAUGUUGUUGUCACGAUGGAGAAUGCUAGGGAGUAUGCGGAGAUGACAGUCAAGUAUUGCUUGGAUAGUGGAAUUGCUAGACAACUGGAGGCUUUCAGAAGCGGAUUUUCCAAGGUCUUUCCGAUGGAGAAACUUCAUGCUUUUAGCCCUGAAGAGAUCAGGGCUAUGCUUUGUGGAGAACAGAAUCCUGAGUGGAGUAGGGAGGACUUGCUGAAUUAUACAGAACCGAAGCUGGGGUACACUAGGGAGAGUCCUGGCUUCCAGCGUUUCGUCAACGUUCUCCUUUCCCUGACCGGGCCUGAAAGAAAGGCCUUUCUUCAAUUUGCAACAGGCUGUUCAGCUCUCCCUCCAGGUGGUCUAUGCAACCUCCAUCCAAGACUGACAGUAGUGCGAAAAGUAGAUGCUGGCUCCGGUGGUUAUCCUUCCGUCAACACAUGUGUGCAUUACCUUAAACUCCCAGAAUACCCAACCGAGGAUAUUUUAAAAGAAAGACUACUGGCUGCGACUAGAGAGCGGGGUUUUCACCUGAAUUAAGCCAGGAUUACCCUAGUAAUUAUGAAAAUUCAAUUAUGUCUGUUCCACGGAGCAGACAGGGGGGCGGGAGGGAGGGUUGGGGGGGGGGGAAUAAAUGAUGUGUUUGUGGCACUUAAAUCAAUGUGCGAGGUUAUUGUUACGGCCUUCGAUGUUCAAAGAAUUGUCAGAAUGAUCGUGAGAAUUUAUCAAUUUAAUGUAAAGUUCUUUCGACGUGACUAAGUAAUACAGGCACUGGACAAUUGAUAGGUAAUAAAACGUAUUGGCACAUAGAUGUGGAAAAUUUCUCAAUGACAAUUACACGAAACUUCUCGUAGUCUUAUUGCGUUUUUUUUUUUUCAUUUGGAGAUUUUGAAAUGAGAAAUUUUGUGAAUUUUAGCGAAUGCUUUUUCAUUACUAUUGCCCUCUUAUGCUUUUUUUUUUAUUCUGGGAAGGGGGAGGACAUUUGUCUGUGUACGUAUUGCUACGUGAUUUUUGUAGGUGAAUUUAUUUUUUUGCUCGAUUUAGGGAAAGAUGAGACAUUUUUUUUGGAGGGAAAAAUAUUGGAAAAUGGAUUGAAAAUUUAUUGUUUAUUUUCUUGAUGAAGGCAGGAGUGUUUAUUACAGUUCAAGUUCAGUCAGAUGUUCGGUUGGAAAAUAUCAAGUUCGUCGGUGGAUGCAGCGAGGGAAAAUCGGUUUUUGAAAGUCGUUUAUUCUCUUUGAAAUCUGUAUAAAGCUUUCUACUUAAAAAAUGAACUUAAUUCUUGUUCGUUAAUUUUUUGUCGAGUAAACAUUACUCUGGAAUGUCAACUAGAGAAAUGCUGCGUUCAUUGGUGAUGAUCGAAUCGCUGGAUCGUGUCGUGAAGAUUAUUUUUUGGAAUAAAGUCUGAAUCUAUUGGUUUAGUUCCAAUAAUUGAUUGAUGAUAAUUCGCUCUGCCUAAACGUGUGAGAGGAAGUAACUGUGGUCAUUAUGAUUUUUUUUUAGAUAAAUGAAGGGAUAACGAUAGCACUGAUGCUACUGCUAAGGAUUUUCAAUUUUAUUCGCAGUCAUAAAUAAAAAUUAGUUGCUAAAUCAUGAAAUGCGACGGGUUUCAGAGAGAAAUCGAUGUGAAAAACAUUUUCACUCAUAAUUUUUCAUAAUUGAGCUGCAAAUAGAUAUAUUUGGGGUAAUUUAAGAGCAACGGAUGACUAUUUUAAAGGGCGGGGGCCUUCAACCGACGAAUAAACCACAAAAACCGUAAUAAAUGAAUAAACAUCACUAGGAGUUUCUGGCAUUUGUGAGACUAAAACAGUCGCUUGACCCCAAUUCAUCAAUUUAGUCAACUUAAUCAUUGGAUAUAUAAAAAAUAUUAAAUUAAAAUUGAACCAAAACAAGGGGAGUAUAAUGGUAAAUAUAAAUAUAUAAGAAAUGAAUAUUUUUUGUUCCUCGGUAAAUGAGUAAAUUAAUGAGACUCGUCAAGUCCACGGGCACUAUGCAUAUUUGUACGAUACGCUACUUAAUGCUCACAAGAAUGAUCAUAAAUGAAUUACAAUAAUGGAUAGAUGGGGUGAUUAUCAAUAACAGAUGAUUAAAAACAAUUCAGUAUACCUGUAUUAGCGAUUAGAUGAAGUGAAUAUAAAUGAUAUAAUAUAAAUGUGAGAGAUGAUUACUAACGAUAUCGAAGACGAAAAGAUCACUGAUGUAAUGAGGAUAAAUAAUUAGUUAAUAUUAAUUACUGUAUUAUAAAUUAUUAUUGAUUCUUGGGGGAGAUGAAAUAAAAUGAGAAAAAAAAACAUUA